AUGGAGAGGUGGGAAACUGACAGGGCUGGCUCUUUCCAGUGUGAUGGACAGACACCAUGUGCACGAUGCUCGUCGCGGGGACUUGAAUGCGAGUACCAGGCUCGGAUCCACCGCAGCAAACGCAGCCUCAGAGACGAGAUUGAGGUACUCAAGCAACGGCAGCGCGAGCAGGACGCGCUGCUUGAAGCGCUGCAGGAUCCCCUGCGCAGAGACGCUGCCUUGCACAUGCUCCAGGAGAGAAGCCGUGCGGCCGCGGUCCUGAACGACAGCGAGCUAGGCCAGCAACAGACGGACAUGCCGAUCAAGCAGGAGGAGAGGAGGCAUUCCGACGUCAGUAGCUGGAACAACUUUGACGACAUGAGGGCGUCGUCUGGAAGCCCGUUACAGGGGUUCACCUCUAGUUCGACAACGCGCGCGAUGGUCUCGACGACCCCUCAGAUGUCUUGGACUACGACUGGUCCAUCCAUGAGGCCUGACACGAGUGUGACUUCCGGCAUGGAGACUGGCGCGUUCCAAGCGCCUGCCACGACGGCACGCAUUCGCUGGUCAGCUCGAUCAUUUCGCCCACAGUGGGAACGACUCAGAGCCGUCUCCCUGCAACAUCACAAAUGCAUGGCAGUUAUCCAGGUGGCUCUGCGCCCGCCAUUGCCCUUUCGAAUGCAGAACAACGACUGGAACAAAGAGGCUGCUAGCAGCCAGCUGUCCUCGCAGCCUUGGAUGGGACCGUCACCGGGUAUGGUAGGUCACGUACCUUUGCAGCAACAGCAACAGCAAGGCAAAGGUGCGUAUCACGUUGGAGGCGUUUAUCACCCGUCGUGGGAGAAAGGCCCAGACUUCAGCGGCGCCCCGAUGCAUGGUCCCCUGGACGGAAUGGAGUGGACGCAGGGCCCGGGAUUCACACCAGUAACAAAUCCCAGCACCUCUUCGUUUCCUCCAAACCUGACCACCCGGCCUGCUAGCCCCGUUAACUCGCGAACGAACUCAAGCUCGACGACAGCCUCCUCCGGAACGACACAGUCAUCGGCACCCUCCAUGACUUCGGCAACCCCGAGCGUGGGCGGCUUGCCAUUCUCCCCCUCCAUGAAGCCUCCGCCUCCCGUUUCCUUCUUCGAACCGGUGGACGAGUCUGGACGCCGGCAGAGCAUGCCGGAUUGUAGCACAGUCACGGCGGAUGCGGCACCCAUCGAAUGCGCCGACGCCCGCGAACGCCAUCGCAUCGCCUCGGCCCGGAGCUGGAGCAAACAAAAGAGCGCCAUCGCUGACCUGCAGGCAACUGUGUCUCGCGUCGAAGCGCAGCACGCCACGCUGCGGCAAGAGUACACGCAGGUACUGAAUCAGGUUCACGACGUCCACAACGCGCUACUCAAGCACGUGGGUUGCAACGACCCCGCCAUAUCCAUGUGGCUCAAGCAGGACCAGGAGGCAUCGACGGCGGGCAUGAGUCGGGAGAAGCCAGGCCCCCUGCGGCCGGUAACGAAUGAGUUUGUCGCAGAGUUUUCUCAUGAUGCAUUCUGA